AUGAAUCAACCACUUGUGUACCAUAAUCGUUCAAGGGUGGUUUCUUUUGGGGACCAAAUGGUCUCUUUGAGUGGAGGUUUUUAUGGGACGUAUGACCUUGACACCAAUUUGAGCACAGGUGUAGGGCAGAACUCUUUCUUCUCUGUUUCAUGGCGGAAAAAUCUGAGCACAGGGAGUUGGAUUAUCUCGAAUAGAUUAACAACAUCUUCUAAGUAUCCUUGGCUUAUGUUGUAUCUAAGGGCAGAUUCGACAAAAGGAUUUAAUGGAGGUUAUCACUAUGGUGGUCGGGGUAUCAUGAGAAAGGUGCCGGAAUCUCCCAAUUUUAAGGUAAAAUUGUCUGUGGAUGUUAAACAAGGAGGAGGGCCCAACAGCCAAUUUUAUCUACUUGAUAUAGGAAGUUGUUGGAAGAACAAUGGAGAUCCAUGCAAUGGAGAUGUUCUAACAGAUGUGACUAGAUAUAGUGAGAUGAUCAUCAAUCCUGCAACUACAAGCUGGUGCCGCAUAGAUAACCUAGGGAACUGCCCACCUUACCACAUCAGUGCUGCUGGGGAGACAAUUUAUAGGAAUGAUACAUCACGAUUUCCGUACUCUGCCUACCAUCUCUACUGUGCGCCAGGAAAUGGCAAUUAUUUGGAGAAACCAUAUGACAUCUGUGACCCAUAUAGCAAUCCACAAGCACAAGAGUUGGUACAAAUUCUACCACAUCCUGAGUGGGCUGUGCAUGGCUACCCUGCAAACCAAGGAGAUGGAUGGGUUGGAAAUUCCAGGACUUGGGAACUUGAUGUAGGGGCCCUCUCUAGUCGGUUAUACUUCUACCAGGUAAAUUUUGUUGCCCGGUUUGUUUUUGACUAUGAAAUUUAUUGA